AUGACAACUAAUUUACCAAAAAUUUAUGCAUUUCCGGAAUUACAUGAAGUAGCCAUUGCUGUAGCAGAUUAUGUGGUCUAUGCUCAAAAUCAUGCUCUAAGAAAAUCAAACGAUUCAAAAGAUAAUUUGACUACAACCCCUGCAUUAUCUAAUGUAACUUCACAAAAUAAUUUAAACCAAAUAAAUAACAAUUAUACAAAUAUUUUCCCUAAUUCAACGGUAACAAAUGCUUUAACGCCAAUACCCACAACAACAACAUCUACAAUUGGAGCACAAAACAAUCUUAAUAACUCAUCUUCUAAGGAUUCAUUAAAGAGUGCAAAGAGUACCAAGAGUAACAAAAGUUCUCGGUCGGUCAAGAACAAUAAUAAUUCAUCUAAUUCGAAAUCAAAACUCAAAAAGAAAGAAAAAGAAAAAAGAUUCAAAAUUGCUCUUUCAGGUGGUUCCUUAAUCCAAGUUCUACAUGAAGGUCUUUUAAAAAGAACUGAUAUUCAAUGGGAUAAAUGGGAUAUUUACUUUGCAGAUGAAAGGUUAGUACCUUUUGAUUCAGUGGAUUCAAAUUAUGGCCAAGCAAAAAGGAAAAUUUUCGAUUUAAUCGAUAGUGAAAAAUUUGGCAAACCAAAUAUCUAUCAUAUCGAUGAAUCUUUAAUUAAUAAUCCACAAGAAUGCGCUGAUAAUUAUGAAAAGACUUUAAUCAAAGGUUUUGCUGGCAGGGAUUCCGUGAAAUUGCCAAUGUUUGAUCUUUUCUUAUUGGGUUGUGCCCCUGAUGGCCAUAUUGCUUCUUUAUUCCCAAAUUUCCAAGAAAAUUUAAGAGAAAAAUUCGCUUGGGUCAUUCCUGUGGAAGGUGCACCCAGUGGCCCAACUAAUAGAAUUUCAUUAACAAUCCCUGUCAUUUGUCAUUCUCAUCGUGUUGCUUUCGUUGUAGAAGGAUCUACAAAGGCUCCAGUUGUUAGAAUCAUCAUGGAACGUCCAGAAAAGGGAUUACCUAGCUCAAUUGUGAAUGAAGGUGCAAGUGGCCGUGUUUCCUGGUUUGUGGAUGAUGAAGCUUUAAAUGAUGUUUUUGUAACAAAGAGAAGAUACAAAUUCAGAUCUAUACAAGAACCACCAACUACCGCAAAUACAAGAAAUAGUCCUUCCCCUACUCUAAACGAUUCUUAA